AAGGCUCUUUGAGCUGGUGAUGCUGGAGCAAACAACUCGAGCCGCCUUUUGGGCUCUCGACCCUCUUCCCUCCUCUCACAUGUUGUGACCUUCUUAUUCAUCAUGGUCCCCUUCAUUGGGUUGCACCAGACAACUACAACUUCAUCAUCUACUUACGUAGUAUGGUACGCCGUCGGUGUUGAUCAUUGAGACCAGUAACAAUGGCUAUCGUCUACCAAACAUUAAUACUAUGUUUCAAUCUUCUCCUCCUUCUUACAUCCCCUAUUCUUGCUAAUACACAAACUCCAACUCCAUUCGAAGCAACAUGGUCUUCAGCAACCUUCGGCCCCGAUGGCCCAUGGCAAGCAGUCUCAGUAACACUCGGAGCCGACUUUGACCUAGCACUCUACCCGGGACACACCUUCCAAUCAUGGAUCAUCCAGACCAGCUACUGCAAAUUCAACAACUCCAACGGUUGCUACGCAUCAAAAGCUGGAACGUACAACAGCGCCGAGGCCUCGCAGGUCGGCAGCGGCUCUACCUCCGGCAUCGUGUUCCGGCCAAACAUCAAGAAUUGGAUGGUGGGGAUAGACCCGGCCGGGGAGCCGGCUCAGUUCUGGGUCGACCUUGUGAACACGAGUCUCGCGUUACUGGGCGACCAGAUGCUCACGUAUCCGGGAGGGCAGUGGUAUCCGGCUUUCGCGGGCUGCUUGGGCGUGGGCGCUCCCAAUAUGAUUAACCAGUCCUUCUCUACCGGCACCUACCCGAUCAAUGCUAGUCUUAUCCCGGGCAUGUUGUGGACGCAGAAGGAUAUACCAUCCAACUCGUUCGGUAUGCACAUCGGCUCCGUCUGGUCACGAAUCGGCGGGUCCCUGGUUUUCGGUGGAUACGAUCAAAACCGACUGACCGGCGAGGUGCUCGUGUCAGAUGGAGAUUACACCGAUAACCCCAUCACCCUAAGAGACAUCAGCAUCGAAGUGAUCCAGGGUGUAUCGCCAUUCAAUUUCACAAGCCAGGGCGGUCUCCGCCAGGACGGACUCCUCGCCGCUGGAAACAACUCGAUCCAGAAUGGACUCCUCGUAUCAAUAGACGGCUGUGCUCCCUACCUCACCCUCCCAAAAUCGACCUGCGAUAACAUUGCCUCACACCUCCCUGUGAACUACGAUGCGAAACUCGGAUUGUACCUAUGGGAUACUGAAUCAAAAGCGUACAGCCGAAUCGUCUCCUCGGCAUCAGCACUAUCCUUUAAGUUCCUCUCAGGCACUAAUACCGAGCCCCUAACGAUCCGCGUGCCUUUUCUCCAUCUCAACCUCACAUUAUCAGAGCCUCUUGCAGCAAAGCCAACGCCGUACUUCCCGUGUUUCAACAGCGAAUCUGGGAGAUACGCCCUGGGUCGCGCAUUUCUACAGGAUGCUUUUCUCGGCGCCAACUGGGGCCAGUCCAAGUGGUGGCUUGGCCAGGCCCCUGGUCCCAAUAUCCAGCUUUCCUCCCGCGUCGUUUCCAUCGAGGAAGCUGACACGGCAAUAAAGGCGGGGAACAACAAUUGGGAGGAGUCCUGGAAGGGAGUAUGGGAAGUUUUGGGAUCUGACAAUGGCAGUGGGACGAGCCCAGCCGGGUCCCCGGCUGAUAAUCGCGAACCCAUAUCCGAACCUACUGUCUCACCCUCAACCGGAGCCAUAGCCGGUAUAGCUAUCGGCGGUGUGCUCGCGAUUGCUACGCUCAUCCUAGGAAUUGUCUUCUGGCGUCGUCGAAGUCGGCGGGCAAGAAUGGAAGUGACAAUGGAGAGGGAAACACCACAGCACAAACAUGACGACUUUCAAUAUGACCUUCGGCCCCCUCCACAGACAGAGCCAGCGGAAGUAUACGGAUCACUUCCAACAUACAAAUGGAGAAACAAGAAUGGAAAGCAAAUAGAUUCACCUGAGGAUCCUCGUCACGCUUGUGUAGAGCUUCCCUAG